AGCAAUGGGCAUGGAGGUAGAAGCGCAGUGUAGGGAGAGACAUAGAGGAGAGCAGGGAGCCAGAGAGACGAAAGAGGAGGGAGGGAGGUAGUCACUUGCGCACCAAAUGAGCUCAAGCUCAGCAUCAUCUACAGCAGAGCGCAUCUCUGAUCACACACACGCGCGCGCACACGGUAGCCUGCUGCAGCCGUAAGAAAACAGAUCCAGAGGAGCACGCGAGAAGACACAUAAAGAGAGAGAGGCGGAGAGACCGAGACUGAGGAGAGAGGCAGAUAUCUGCAGAUAGAGAUGUCAGGCGUUGUGGUGUCUCUGUGUCUGCUAGCGGUCUUUGUGCUGCUGUGUGAGCUGAGCAGGAGAAUCUUAACCAAGCUACUAGCUCCCAGAGGGCUGUGUCUGUCUGCUGUUUACGCAGUGGAGCUGGUCUCUACGCUGCAGCUGUGUAUCUGCAACCUAGAGCUGCGUCUAUUGGGGGAGGAGGGCCGUCUGCAGCCUCAGUUCUGUCUCAGCCUCACAUAUCUGGCAUCUGUGGUCCAUGGCCUCACCUUCCAUGGAGCCCUGGGGAACCCCUGUAGCACGCUGGAAUACACCUACCGGGGACGCCUCACUGCCAGGAGCGGUGUGCUGAGGAUGGUGUGCCAGUUCAUGGCAGCAAGCGUGGCUCGCACCAUGCUACAGGGGCUGUGGGCCCUCGGUCUCUCUGACCUGCACCUGAGACACACACUCCAGGGCUUCCAAUGCAUUAGCCCCAUCCACACAGACACACACACCAGCCUGGUGCUCCCCGGCCCUCUGGUCACCGCUGCAGCUGUGGAGCUGGCAGGGGCCUUUGCCAUGCAAACCGCCUUCACACACACACACACUAUGGACCAGAGGUACCGGGUACAUGCCAUAGCAGCACUCACCGCUACCUUGACCUAUGCAGGUGGCAAGAUGACGGGGGCUGUGUUUAACCCUGCGUUGGCCCUCUCCACCCAGUUCUCCUGCAGUGGGCACUCCUUUCUGGAUUACUGCCUGGUUUACUGGCUGGCUCCUCUAUUAGGUAUGAUGUGUUCGGUCCUGUUGUUUGAUCAGAUGUUGUCUGGUAGAGCUGCUCCCUACCGCCCCCUUCUGGCUAACAAGAGGAAAUGACCCUGGGUCAUUUUCAUUAGUGCACAUGUAGCAAAACCGUUUUGUAACAGAAUACAUUUAACUACAAAAACAAGUUUUGUAUUAGUCAAGUUCAGGUAGUUCCUCCCCUUUUCGGUUAGUUUUCUUCUGUUUGGUGUCUACGGCCCUGGACCCACCAUCAAUCCCUACGAACCGAAGAACCCUGAUGCAUAGUGACCUCUUUAAAACUAAGCACAUUCAAACAAAAAAAAAGACUAUAUAUUGAGAUGUUUUAUAAUCUAGUAUGAUUUGUGCAGUGGUGGCUGGUGGCAUUUAAAAAUUGGUCUGGAACGUAAUGGUACCAUUUCAUUUACUCUAAUCCAUACAUUUUUAUGAGCUGUCUUCCUCUGGAUUGAUGUAAAAAAUAAUAAUAGAUUUCUGUAGUUAGUAGUGUUAGUAGCAUAUUUAAAACUAUUUGAGAUAGUAUUUUAUGUACAGUUCUUCAAUAGAUAUGCCUAUGGCCAACUUGAGGAGUAUUGUCAACCUUUCCAAGUCACCCCGCUCCUCCGCAGUCCACACACUCCACUGGCUUCCAGUCAAAGCUCACAUCUAUUACAAGACCAUGGUACUUGCCUACGGAAUAGCAGGAGGAACUGCCCCUCCAAUCUACCUUCAGGCUAUGCACAAACCCUACACCCCAACCCGAGCACUCUGUUCUGCCACCUCUGGUCUCUUGACCUUCCUCCACCCCUAUGGGAGGGAAGCUCCCCUCAGCCCAGUCCAAGCUCUCCUCUGUCCUGGCACCCCAAUGGUGGAACCAGCUAGAACAGCAGAGUCCCUGCCCAUCUCCAAAAACAUCUGAAAACCUACCUCUUCAAAGAGUAUCUUAAAAAAGUCCACAGUAUCCAUCUCUUCGCCCCCCCCACCACACACACACACACACACACACACACACACACACACACACACACACACACACACACACACACACACACACACACACACACACACACACACACACACACACACACACACACACACACAAAAGCCUUUUGUGAACUAACACUCGCACUUUACUUUUCUCCCCUUAGUAGCUGUGACUUGGCUGAAAGCUACUUUGAGGAAAAACAUCCUUGCUAUUACUGUGAUAUGUGGUUGUCUCACCUAGCCAUCUUAAAAUGAAUGCACUAUAAGUCACUCUGGAUAAGUGUCUGCUAAAUGACAAAAAUGUAAUUUAAAUAUACGCAAACUGGGUCAGACCUAGGUGAAUGAUAAAAAAAGGUGCUCCGACAAUAGUUUUGAUGAUUUAAGUUGGUGAAAUGAACAGUUAAAAUGGUCAGAGAUGAGUUGCUUUUCCAAUCCUUAAGCUGUGAGUGAGUGUAGCUCCGGUGGCCUGCUACACCAGACACAGAACUUUUGCAGAUCAAGAGUUGCUCCUAUUUAUUUAAAUUAAACAUGGACGUAAACGCUCUGUGAGAGGCUUGCGCUGCUCAGCGUAAAAUUACGCUCUGGCUCAAUUUUUAUGAUUGACACAGCUUGCUCCCAAGGCCAAUAGUUUUAAUUGGUUCUCGCUCUGCUCGCGCUGCCUAAUAGCUUGAGCAUAGCAAAUAAGAAACCUUGGUUUCUGUGGCCACGGGUGGUCUAGUGCAGUGGUCCCAAACUUUUCACAACAAUUACAACAAUAUCUAUGGGCUAAAAAAAUCUACAUUAAAAAAAAGGAACUGAUGCAGAGGUGCCGCCAGGGAUUUUGGGCCCCAUGAAAAGAUAUCACAUUGGGCCACACCACCACAGGCCACACCAACCCUGCGCAAUUGCUGUAACCACACACCUCCAGAACCCAAUCGACCCAUUCAAAGCUUUAAAUAACUCUAGCUUUGCAGGCUUACAACUCUCUUGUAGUCCAAUAUUUACUGACAGUGAGCUGUGAAAAUAUAAGACUGUGCAGAUAUGCAUGCAACAUUCUGCAUACAGUGGAAUUCACUAUUUGAUGCAAGACUGAUACCCUCUAUAAGAAGUGCUGAAGGCCAUCAUCUUUUACAGUCAAAAUGUAAUUUUAAUGGUACAAUUCUUGAAUGGAGAAUUCUCUUAACAUUAAUGAAUAACUUAAAAUAAAUAUAACUUAAAUAUACAUUAAUCUCUUCAAUUAAAAUGAAUUAACAUGAUCAUCUAUAGAAUGAUAUAACAAACAAAAUAAUAAAAUCAGAAGCAUAUUUUUGAACUGUUUUCAGUCUGUUCUCAGCCUGUGGGCAUCAUGUGUGUAGUGAUCCAAUAUCCAUAGCCAUGCCAUUUAAGAGUUAUCACUGGGCCUUGCUCAGCGUUACUCACCAAGAGCCCAGCGCCGAGCCUUUUUGCUGGCAAAGUCACUGAUCAAGUCUCUGAUAUCCAGCUUUCUAGCUAAUUGACUUUCAAUGGACAGAGUGGCAAGACUGCAAAGCCUGUCCUGGGACAUAGUGGACCUCAAAUAGUUUUUAGCUUACUGAAAGCUCUCUCGCCACCAGCAAUAGUAAUAGGCAGUGUGCAAAAUAUGUGUAAAGCAAUGCACACUUCUCCAAAAAUGCUUUGCAGCUGCAUCUUACAAAUUGCAUUCGGGAGACCAAGAGGAGACAAGUUAGAGGGGAAAGUGGCAGCAUAUACAGUGUUCAGGUGUCUUACUUCAUGUUGAAACUCAGGUGUAAGAUCUCUGGAAUACUUCAUGAUCAGUGGUUGGCACACAGAAGGGACUUUAUCCUCACGAAUCUGUCCAACUUUCAGAACAGCAGAAAAUGAUUCUACAAUUUUUGCAGUGGUGUGGAACCAAGUGUCCAAGUCACUUAUGUUGUCCAUAGCAGUAAAAAACAGUGUUCCAAAACUGCUGCACUGUCCUGAGCCGUCUCCUCUUGAGAGGUCUCAUCAUGGAAUCUCCUCUGGCGGCUGUGUUCCUUGCUCAAUUGAGGUGCAACAUCCAUUUGCGUAGCAAUCAGUGUUGCCUCAGACAGGAGAGACUCCCAUUCAUCUCUAAGAGCCCGCAUCUCUUCCUUUAAGGCUCUGAUAUUGGCUGCCUCUGUGUCAAGUGAGAUGUUUCCUGACUGGAGAAUCACAUUCCUGUCCUCAAUGAAUUGCAGUACCUGCAAUUAUGCUAACUGACAUGUCAUUGAACACAAUGCUGCUCACCUCCUUCAGUUGGGAGUAGGGCUGGUUCAGGGGUAUGGGGAUGAGGAGACAGGGCUGGUUCAGGGGUAUGGGGAUGGGGUGACAGGGCUACUGAGCCUGAAGCUGCAUCUGUUGGGCCUGGCACCAGGCAGGGGCAGGGAGAACUGAUUUAGUAUGAAUAGCUUGCUAAAAGUUUGCCUGCAUUGAUUAAAUCUCGACUGAAAGAGUCUCGAAAUGUAAACAACAGAAUUUUAUGUGAGGAUAUUAACUCACUAAUGUUAGGGGAUCAAAAGUAGCCUAUUUCACUACGGACUACGCUACCAGGUUAAUUUCCACCACUCACAGACUACACCCACCUUCCUUUGUGAACAAUUGGGUGACAUACUGUCACCCUUCCUUUUCUCUCUCCAGUCUUUUUCGUUUAUGGAAACCAGAUUUUUCUUUAGGAAGCUGAGACAUGAUGCUCCACUGGCACUCCUCACUCGCAAUUCACUGCUAGCAAGUACCGUUCGCGCCUGGUUUGGGGGUAGAGGCUCUAUGGAUUUGUACUUUUUUGCCAAAAACAAGAAAAGAAACCGUUAGUUUUAUUAGUACAUUGUAAAUAAAAAAUAUAUGAAUGAUGAUAGGUUAAUAAUUUAAUGUUGAAAAAAAAUGUACCUAAUGUUAUAAUACUUGUUUAGGGCCCCUGUCAUUCACAGGCCCAUAGAAUCGUCCUAACGUUUCCCACACAUAUGCAGCCCCUGAACUGAUACACUACCCAUUUUUGAAAUUGCUCCUUGUGCAUUCUAUUAUACAUUUCAAGUUUAAAGCCAGACUGAGACCCUCGCCCCACAGUUCACAGCUCAUUUACAGCUUUCGAUUCCGUCCCAAAGCAAUUUCAGCACACUCUCCUAUCUAUAAUGAACAAAAACAAACACAACAUGCAACAAUUUAAAAUAAUUUGCUGAGUUACAGUUCAUAUAAGGAAAUCAGUCAAUUCAAAUGCAUUUAUUAGGCCCUAAUCUAUGAAUUUCACAACUGGGCAAGGGCGCAGCCAUAGGUGGAAUUGGGAGAGCAUAGCCCCCCCCCCCCCCCAGACAAUCCCACAGGUGAAGGUCUUGGGCUGGUGUGGUUACAUGUGGUCUGCGGUUGUGAGGCUGGUUGGACAUACUGCCAAAUUGAUAGAGAAAUGAACACAAAAUCACUGGUGGACGUUCCUGCAGUCAGCACUCAAAUCGCAUACUCCCUCAGCUUUAGACAUCUGCAGCAUGGAGUUGUGUGACAAAACAUCACAUUUUAGAGUGGCCUUUGUCCCCAUCACAACGUGCAUCUGUGUAAUGAUCAUGCUGUUUAAUCAGCUUCUUGAUAUGCCACACCUGUCAGGUAGAUGGGUUAUCUUGACAAAGGGAUGUUAACAAAUGUGUGCAUAUGGAACAUUUCUGGGAUCUUUUAUUUCAGCUCCUGAAACAUGGACCAACACUUUGCAUGUUGCGUUUAUAUUUUUGUUCAGCAUAAUAAAACAGACUUCAAUAUUAAAACAUUUGCUGACACCUCAGCGUAGCUCCUAUGUUACUCCUCUGGAAUGUGCACAUAACACAAACACACUUAUUCAUACAAAAACGAUUUAUUUAUUGAAGAGAUUUCAUACAAAGACAACACUGCUCCCUGUUGGGGAAAACUCAGUACAACUGGUCUUCAGGUACAAAACACGAGAGGAAUAUAUAUUUCUGUGGAAAAUGAUGCCUUGGGGACAGGAAGUGGAGAGGUUG